UAAAUUGCAUUUAAUGAAAGGGUGAGGGAUUUUUUAUACUUGCAUCAUUGGUAAUUUUAAGUUAAUAUAUUUUAGCUGUUAACUCAUGAACAAAAAUACUAAUAUUGAUUUAGGGAAAGGUGGAAUAAGUGAUUUUUUUGACGGUGACAUGUUUUAGGCAUUUUUGGUUUGUAGUUUUCAAUGUCUGUUAGUUCCUUCAACACAAUUUCAAGCUUGAAAAAAGAUCAGUUUAGAAAUAUCUUUACUGUUAAUCUUGUAAUCAUGCCAAGGGACCAUUUUAGUACUUUUUUCCUUUUGUAAAAAAGGGGUAAAAGGUUCUUAUUUUCUUUCUUAGUUGGCAGAAGUAAAGCUAAAGCAGGAAAUAAUCAGACAAACAUCCUACAGAAUGGCGGUACCUGCAGGGUAGAUCUCAACAACUGGAUUGGUGCCUUUUUUUGGCCAUACAGUCCUGCUUAUAUAUGUGCACGUACAAGCAACUAACCCAGUUCUUAUUCCCCAUACAGCUCUUGUGAUUUGCCUAGUGGUGGUAAAAAAACUGACUCGCUCACACUCUCAAACUUGCACAACAUGGCUUGGUUCUCAGCUAAGCUCUCGGCUACAGAAGUGAAAAUACAAAACCAGCACAUAGGGCAAGUUUUUGUGUAGCUUGCUGAUGGAGUAUUGCCAAGUGGCUGACGUCAACUCGGCCUCCAUUAGCUGUUGAGGAGUUGAUGUGGUAGAUUUAAGCAGAAGGAGCAACUUGGGGCCACAGUUUUUAAUGGAGAUAUGUGGAUUCUUGAAGGCAGUGCCAGUGAGUUGAAUGGGCUGGUAGAAGACAAGGAGAUUGCUGCCCAGGCUGUUGCCUUUGUGGUAAGCAGCACAAGGAAAGGCAUAGUACCACUCUGCUCAGAUGUAGCAAAGCUAUUGAGACAAAAGAAAAGCCUUGAACAAAAAGUGACUUGUUUGAAGCAUGAAAACAGCAGCCUGCGUUCAUCGUGUACAGGCAGUUUCCGUACAAGCCAUUCCACCAGUCCAACACCUCCCUCCUUCAACUCCUUCAGUGCUUCCUUGCAGGAACAAGGGAUUCAAACUCAGGAUGGCCGCCAGUGCUGUUCCCACUGCUCAAGUGCAUCUAGUUCUGCAUCUCCAAAACUUGAUAAACUUUCUCACAACAGUAACAUCAGCUCCCCAAACUCAGAUACAUCAUACCGCUCCCCUCAGCACCACCGUCACCAUAACAACCAUCACCAUAGCAAUCAACAGAACCUGCGGCACCAUAGACGAAAGGUGUCAGCCUCCAGCUCAAAUGAAAGUCUCCACAUAACAACUGCAGAAGUCCAUAACCCACCAACAUCCAACGGAAUUUAUCUCUCAGAUCAAAAAGAGCAGGAGGAGGAGAAGGAUUCACCAGAAAUGAUUCACCAUUCAGAGAAAGGAUCACCUGCAAUACUCCCAUCAGUUUCCAGAGUUUCCACUGAAGUUCAAUGUCAGAUACCAAGUCUUAGUGACCAGAAACUGGAAAAACAGUUUAAAGAGACUGUCAUCCAUAAUUCUAAGCUUGCAGAGGAACUGGGUGCUGCUAAAAAAGAGAUUGAAAUCUUAAAAGGAAGACUCAAGGAAUUUGAGAUGAACAGUUUGGCUCGCAUGUAUACUGAGGUAUAUCACGUAGAGAAUGAGCUUCAUCAUCUUGCCAAUGGAGAUGUAGAAGAAACGCCAUCAGAGUCCUCAGCACCCACAGCUACAAACUUGCCAUCACCAACACAUAAACUGCAGGUGAACCAUAAUAACAAUUAUAAACCCCCUAUCCCAAGGAAGCCAUUGCCUCCAGUGCUUGUUCCUGGUCCACUAGCUGGGUGUAAAUGUGAACAAUGUGAGGGAGCAGAUUCUCAAACUGUGCAGACAGGAUUAAGCAGUAAGAUGGCGUAUAGUCUGGGAGACCAUGUCGUGGUCAAGGGGGAUAGGACUGGGCAUAUCAGAUAUAUUGGACAUCUGGACAACUUGGGUCAAGCUGAUAUGGUCUUUAUUGGCCUGGAGCUGGACGCACCAGUUGGACGGCAUGAUGGAUUUUUCAACUACAAGCGUUAUUUCUCCUGCCAUAAGGACCACGGGAUAUUUGUCCCUAUACAAGAUGUGCUUUGUGAAAUAGGAAAGAAAAAUUCGCCCAAAAAAUCCCAACCCCAGCAUACAGAGAUGAAAAGGAAAACUUCCAAUCCUGAAACAUCCCCUACGUUGUCUGGGAGUGGCACUAAGAGUACACCCAAGAGAGACAAGACUGGUUCUUCUGACAGAAAAGUGUCCUCUGCAGAUGGACUGCGUAAUUUGAAGUUUAAAAGGGACAGUCCAAUGAGCAUUGUAUGACAGUGGUAAAGACCACAGAGUCCGGAUCCGAGGUCUCUUCCAAACUACGUCUUCCUGUAGAAAAUGUGAAAGAACGUCACAGUAAAUGUCCACAGAAAAGAGGGGAUGUGACUCCACCUUCCACCAGCUUGUUUGUAAAUAUUGAAAGGACAUUUUAUGAUUGAGCCUCAUGCGGAUUCCUGUAGCAGGUACAAAUGUGGUAGCAAUUUCCUGUGUACAAGAGAUUUCUUUUACUGAUUUGAUUCUCACCUCAACCUUGCGUGAUAUUUGCAAAGGUUUGAUGGCCAUUUUGCAAUUGACUGUUUUAUGAAUUUUUCGAUAAAAAAACAAAAUACAUUAUCAGCUUCCAAAUACAGGUGCUUUUUGCUUUUUUGGAUCAUUUUGUUUUCACCUGAAUCUCCACUAAGAUUAAUCAGUCAUUGGAGUUAUUCUGCAGUGGAGUGAGGAACAUUGACAAAAAAAUGCCUUUUAAAAAUAGUAAAGCACCAUUAAGGCCAGAACCCACUCUGAGUAGAACCCAGCACCAGGUAUAAUAUGUUAUGUUAAUUGGUCAGUGAAUUGAUAUUGAUUAUAAUUUGAAAGUGAAGUGAACAGAUGCAAGUGGUAAAAUACUUACAGGAUGUAUAGGGAACUUGAUGUGAUAAAAAAGUACACCAAAACUUAGGAACUUGGCUUAUUUUGGAAGUAUUGUAUCACCAGAUCUAUUGUAUUCUUCCAUAUAUUGAAGAAAAUGUAUGUGUACAUUACCGUAAAUUGGCAUAUAUUUGUAGUUCUGUAGCAUGUAUGCCUACAAUAGCAUGAAUGACAAUAUAUGAGACCAGCACUGUCUGAAACUGUGCGGAACUAUUUCACUAUUUACCGAGUGGUUUGCAUAAUAAUAGUCCUCAAAUGGUUGCUUCACUGUUUGCCUUGCCCAGUCACUAAAUAAUGAUUUAUUCAUGAAUUUUCUGCAGGUCACAGUGAGAUGUAGGCAUUUAUUCUUUUUUAGUCUCUUAGAUGUGUUGUCUGAAAAGUUGAACACUAUCAGUAAAUCAUUGAGCCUGAAAUGUGAAUGUCCAUAGGAUACAUGAAUAUGUGCAUCUGCAAACAUGGAAAUCACAAGUAUGCCAGUUUGCAAUCUACAUGUAUGUACCCAUACUCCCAAAUAGGCAUGUUGACGAGUCACUCCAUACUUUGUACAUAUUGCCACUGUACAAUACACAUGGGUCAGUUGUGGAAAAUCACCAUAAUAGAUAUAACAGAACAUUUUAGAUUUCUACAACCAAAUUUGAAAUUUAUGUAUUUAAGUCAGAUUGCAGUUUGGAAGCUUGAGAUACCCUUAAGGUAAAAUUUCCGUACAUUUCAUAAAAUUUCAAGGAGCCAAACUGAAAUUUUGAAGUUUGUCUUUUUAUGUUAUUUACUUAAGUUGCUGUAUAAUCUGACAGCCUGUGUUGAUUUACCAAUUGUGAUGUUUAUAUAUAUAUGUAUAAUGUGAAGUUUAGCUGUGUUGACAGAAAUAGAGAUUAUGCACUGGACUUGUGCUGAAAGCACAUGAAAUUUAGUCAUAUUAUGUUCACUGCUUUCUGUUUUCACUUCCAAUGGGCCAUUAAUUCACUUGUAUAAAGAUAAUUAAACUAACCAAGUAAUUUGACGAGUUUUGACAGUUUGUCAAAACAAUUAAAUGACUAUGUAUACAUAGAUAUAUAUAUUCCAAUUAAUAUUUUUUUUUCUGUAAUUAAGAAACCCAGUGAUGUAAAGCAUCAAAACCAGUGACGUAAAUCAUUAUUUUAUGAACAGCACUUUUGACAAUCGCACCUUUUUUUUUUGCAUGUUUUUUUCUGAUAUAACAGAGCCAGCUUGUUUUUGAGCUAAAUUUCUUCACUUAUCAUCAAUUGGAAAAGGACAGUGUAGCCCAUUGUUCAUUUGUAUAGAUAUAUCAUUGCUACUCUUGUAAAUAUCAUCAAAACCUAAAUAAUGCAGAGGCAGCUUCAAAGAAGGCUGCAGUGGAUAGACAAAACCCAUAGCAACAAAGUAUAGUAACUAUGGUUAUACUGUAAGUAGAAAGACAAAAUUCCCAUAUACAAAAUGGUACCAACAUUUAAGAUAGAAAAAGAAUCAUGCCUUAGAAAGUGGUGCAUAUUUUAGCCCUUUACCCAUUCUGUCUCGAAGAAACUAAAUCAUAAUUUAAAAAGAGCUCUUUGUUGUCUGUGCUGUUUUCGUAAAAGUAAAUCACACUUGUAGAAAUAUCAUACCAAAUCCCUCUUUUUAAUUGGUCAGUCACAGAAAUAGGUCUUAAAAAUUGCUUUAAGUUUUAAUGCAGAGAUUUGGAGACUUUUGAUUAUUUAAUUCGUGUCAUAUUUAAAAUGUGAAAAAUUGCUAAAAUUUUAGAGCAUGCAUGGAAGUCAUAAUUGCAAGAGAGAAUAAUAAGUUCUGUUUGGUACAUAUACAAUAUAUAUAUAUAAUAUGGAAAAUGUUUGGAUAUGUUUUAAAAAAUAAAGAUUGACAGCGUUGACAUUGGGCAUCGAAAUAAAAAUGUUUGAAUUGCGAUGAAAAUUUGCAUCAUUAGUGGACUGUGCCAAUUUUACACUACAUUUAAAAUAAAUCACAUUUGUAGGUAAGGGUUUACACAUUUACUAUACUGAUUUGUGUAAACAAAAACCCAGGUCUCACUCGAUUGUUUAUUUUGGCAUUGAUGUGUACUAGGCACUGGUUGAAACUUGCCCCAAAUAGGUUCACUGGCCUGAACAUUAGCACACUCAACUACAAGCCCCUUAGAUAUAUAUAAAGCAAGAUAACUGUGGGCCUAAUGAUGUCCACAGGGCAUUUUUAAGCUUUGUAGCUUACCUGGCUUCAGAUAUGCUUUCAGUAUAGUGACUAUAUUUGUGAUAUAUAUGCAAUCAUGGGGGGUGAAUAUCCCUUUAAAUGAACCUUAAGAUAACCCUAAAUUUCUUGACCUUUAUUUGUGAUUUUAACACUUUACAAUGUUACUUGUAAAGAGCAGUGCCGCUUACAUCAGUGGCAUGCUAAGUCACUAUUUGGUCAUGUUUCUACAAAGUGCUGUUUGUGAUAUUUUCUCCUUUUAUGAUGUUUUGUUGCAAGGACCAGGGUUAUUCAUGUGUGAAAAUGAAAAAGAAACGAGCUUAACUUGUUUAAAGUCUAGCUUUUGGGCUCAAAUUGCAAUCCUUGACAUUUGAAACAUCAGAAACCGAGUCAGCGGUUAGAAGAAAAAGGUUGCUCUUUAAGAAUUAUCAGCAAAAGUGAUCGUUGCUCGAUUGGUGAAUUAAGAACAGUAUUAACACUUAUGUCAUUAGAGUAUACCCACAAUUUCAGGAGGCAGAUAGUGAUAUCUCAACUUUCUGUCAUACCCUUUUAGAGGGAAGUUACUAUCUGUCUGAAACUCCUGGUAUUGUAAUGUUUUAUGAAGUAAAAGAAAAACCCUUUAGUGGGGUUAGAUAUUAAUUCACUUUCAUGGGAAGCAGUGCAAAAGUCUUAAAUUGUAAAUUAUGCUGGUUUGGAAGUAUUUCUUGUUGAAAAUUGCAUAUUAUUGAACAUGUUAUCUGCUAUGUGGAGAGGAGUAUUUGUGGCUAUUUUAAAAUACCCGUGAAAAUUGUAGCUGGUCAAAUGUAAUACAAAUAAUUCAGCCAUCAUGGUCCAUAAAAAUGUAUGCCAUAAAUUUUACCUUUGUAGUGUAAAUUGUGACCUACCAGGUUAGGUUUCAAAAUUGGGGCUUUUAUUGUUAUAUUUUAACAGUCAUCGAUUAUAAAGCUAUUUCUGCUGUUUUAUUGCAGUCCAGAUAAGAUACAGUUAGAAACUUUGUAUAAUAUACAACAAUGAUACACUUUGUAUUACUUUUGACUGGGAAAGUAGCGUUUCAGUGUGAUGAUAUACAGGAAAUAAGAUGAGCCAGUACUUGAAGAGUUUGUAGCAUUCUAGGUAGUGAGUUACUGACAUGGCAGAGCAUGGAUCAUGAAAACCAGUUCCCAAUGUCUCAGUCAGGACUUUGUUCUAAUAUUGUCUGCAGAUCACCAUUCUGUACUUGUCUUCCAACAUGGUAUCAGUGCAGGCGCUAUUAACUUUCUAAAAAAUAAAGUUUAUUUAACAAGA